AGAGAGGGAGAGAUCUUGCCUUUGCGGAAGCCAGAGGAGCCGAGGCGGCGCUAAAUUAAAUUAGCAUACUAACUAGUUAUCAGUGCGCCGAUGUGGAUGGACGGGUGAGCGGAGCUGCCUGAACAGAUACUGCUUCUAUUUUUUUUAAAGCCAAGACACCACCGAGUCCGGCCUCAUUUUGUUGGGAUCUUCUUGCCAUCCGCCUGCCGAGGAGAUGGGGGACAAGGCGGGCACCAGAGUUUUCAAGAAGUCCAGCCCCAACUGCAAGCUGACAGUUUACCUGGGAAAGCGAGACUUUGUGGACCACCUGGACCAUGUGGACCCAGUAGACGGUGUGAUCCUCGUCGACCCUGAGUACCUGAAGGACAGGAAAGUCUUCGUCACGCUGACCUGUGCGUUCCGAUACGGCCGCGAGGACCUCGACGUGCUGGGUCUGUCCUUCCGGAAGGAUCUCUACAUCUCCACCUUCCAGGCCUUCCCUCCGGUCCCUGAGGAGCGGAAGCCCAACAGCCGGCUGCAGGAGAGGCUGCUGAAGAAGCUCGGCCAGCAUGCACACCCCUUCUACUUCACAAUUCCUCAGAACCUCCCCUGUUCAGUCACUUUACAACCCGGACCAGAAGACACUGGAAAGGCCUGCGGUGUUGACUUCGAGAUCAGAGCUUUUUGUGCCAAGUCGAUAGAAGAGAAGAUCCACAAGAGGAACUCGGUGCGUCUGGUGAUCAGGAAGGUCCAGUAUGCUCCGGAGAAACCCGGUCCUCAGCCCAUGGUGGAGACCACCCGCAGCUUCCUGAUGUCGGACAGAUCCCUGCACCUGGAGGCGUCUCUAGACAAGGAGCUGUAUUACCACGGAGAACCCAUCAGUGUCAACGUUCACGUCACCAACAACUCCACCAAGACUGUGAAGAGAGUCAAGAUCUCCGUGCGUCAGUAUGCAGACAUCUGUCUGUUCAGUACUGCCCAGUAUAAAUGUCCAGUGGCCCAGCUGGAGGCAGACGACCAGGUAUCGUCCAGUUCCACCUUCUGUAAGGUGUACACUUUGACCCCGACGCUCGACAAGAAUCGGGAGAAGAGAGGACUCGCUCUGGACGGAAAACUCAAGCACGAAGACACCAACCUGGCCUCGUCCACCAUAGUGAAGGAGGUUACCAACAAGGAGGUUCUGGGGAUCCUGGUGUCCUACAGAGUCAAAGUCAAGCUGGUGGUUUCACGUGGCGGACCGCUGAGAGGCUUGUUGCCGAGAGACGUGUCGGUGGAGCUGCCGUUCAUCUUAAUGCAUCCUAAACCUGUGGAGCCGCCGGCAUCACGCCCACAGUCAGCUGUGCCAGAGAUGGACCCCCCAAUCGACACCAACUUGAUAGAAUUCGAAACAAACAGCAUCUCCCAGGACGACGACUUCGUCUUCGAAGACUUUGCUCGUCUGCGGCUCAAAGGCGUCGUGGAUGACAAGGACGAGGACUGCUAGGACAACCUUCAUACGCUCGCUUCGAAACCACCACACACUCACAAACACAAUAACACACACAUGGAAACACCCGUACACGCUUCACGUUACAUUCCCCGACAGCGGCGACGGACGAGGGCACGUCUGGAUGGAGGCGCAUGGUGUUCUUCUUCGUAAUUACGUUUCUAUCUUGUGUUAAUCUUUUUGAAGUAAACGUUACGCUCGGGGCGAUGUAGAUGUGGGCGGGGCUUCAACCGCGCCACCAAGUCAAUGGAAUGAAAUGACGAAACAACUGUGGUCCAGUUUUCUUUCAAAUGUUUCUGAAUGUCGCAGUCGUGUUCAAAGAAUAAAGAUCUAAACGUCCUGGCGUUUGCGAUAGCGCCACGUUCACGAUGGCUGUUCUUGUUCUGAUGGAUCCUGUAGACUCUCUUUGUCCCUGCGGCUGCAGCGAAGCUCACCAGCAUCCUCAUCCUCCUGCUCCCAUCCUGUCAUCCUCCCUCAUGUUUCACCCCGAACGGUCCAGCAUCGCCACUACGUUAGUUUAACUUGUUCUGGGUCAGAAACGUAGUGAAAAUUCUUUGUAACGUUCAGCAGAUUCAGUAAAACUGAUCCCGAUAAGAGAAGAUGGAAUAUUUCUGAAGGUUUUUGAACAAGCUAGCUGUUUUGGGCCAGAUGUCACCUUUGCCGUUCUGAAAUUCCGAUCACGCUGGAAAAGUCCGAGCCGGAUCUCGAGUCCCCGACCUGUUUGGACUCACCUGCAUGUGGUGACGAUCCAGAGGUCGGUUCUGUUGACUGAACCUGGCCAGUUGUUGAAGGGAAGAACUGGUGCCGUCUGUCCGGUUUUUAACGAAGUGUGCCUCCUGAAAGUCGCUGCUGCCAACGCUGUGAAAAUCUGCCGUUGCCAGAAUUUUUAAAAAUUCUUUAUUAAAUAAACAGAAUUUACUAAACAAAAUUUGAAUUGAAUAUUUUCUUUUAUCUAUUGAUAUUUAUCAUGUAGCAUCUUUAGCCCUUUAACACAUUAGCCAAGAAAUAAAAGACGGAAAAUUCCAAUUUUUUGGAAUAUCUGAAAUCUUUAUUUGUCCUUUAAAAGAAAAUGUAAAAUAAUAAUUUAGACGUUUAUUGCUGUCAGAGUUAUUGUGGUUCCAAGUGUCUCCACCAGGGGGCAGAGGUAUCAGUACAGGGUUUAAACAGUUUACCAUAACGUGAUGAAACAGGUCUCAGAAUCUGAAUGAAUCGGCGAAGAUUUCUUAGUUGUUAAUGUGAUAAAAGGAGUUGCCAAACACAUUUAAAAAUGCUUCAUAGAUAUUUAAAAAGCUUUGAGGUUUUAAAGGAUUUUUUUUUUCUUAAAUGAUUUCUUUUAAAUAAACUGACUUUAUUCUGCUCAUUGGUUUCUUUCAUUAAACUGAUUUAUCUACAAAUAAUUAAAAAAAAAAAUAUAUCAAUUAUAUAAAAUCUGUUUUUAAUGAUUGAAGUUGGACUAAAGAUAAUCUAAAUUAAAUGCCACAUAGCUAUGCGUUUUAUAAUUAUAAAAGUAUUUUCAUUGUUUUUCUAUAACAUCAAAGCCAGUUUUAUUUUGAUGAAGUUUUUUACCCCGCCACUAAUUCUUUUACUUUCGUAAAUGUGUUUAUAUGAUUUGUUUUAAGAAAAAAAUGACAUUUCGGUUAAAAUUCAGACUUAAUUUAAAUUAAACAAAAAGUACAGAAAAUGUUUUGUUUAAAAAAAAUUCUGUAAACAAUAAAAUGUAAACAAACAAACACAUCUGUUUUCAUAAGUCAAAAGUCCGGAAAGUUGAAGAUGAAGUCUGUGCCAUCAGGAACGUCUCAGCCAAAAGGGAACCGGACGGCACCAGCUUUUCCCUUCAGAACCUCCUCUUCAUUCUCAUCCUCCAUGUUAAUGUUCUUCAUCCAGACGUGAAGGAGCUGCAACUUUUCUCGUAAACAUUCGCUGCUUUUCUGUCGACAUUUGUUAGAACUUUAUUCCUUUAAUCAACUAAAACUCCUCCACAGAUCAGGUCAGCUGACCUGGUAGUGCUGCACUCUGAUUGGUCAGAACCCCUUAGAACCGCAGACGUCAUCGUUUUAACUAUUUGAAGAAUGUUGAUUGUUUUUGUUUUCCGUCAGAGACGCGCACCAGUUUUAAUGUAAACAAACCAGAAACUGUCCCGCCCUCCUCCAUUCCGGGUCGUCGGCGCUUCGCCCCAGAGAAGAAGAAGAAUGAUGGAACAGGGAGCAUGUUUUUACUUUUUGAUGACAUAUUUUUCCAAGCAGUGCUGUGAAUCGUACGAGCUGUGAUUCUGUCCUUAUUUUGUCGUGCAUAUGUGGGGUAACUUUGCUAAGUGUGAAAAUAUUUUGACAAGUGCCACGCCCCGGCCUGUGCGAUGCUACCAUAAUGUCUAUAAAACAGGAAGUGAUCUCUGCUGGUGGACCAACACCAGCGCAGAUAGAUUUAUUAUUAUUAUGCUUCUGAUUAUUAUUAUGGUGACUAUUAUUAUUAUUACUUCUACUGUAUCGUCACCGCGACCAUGAUUAUCCUCAUAAUCAUUUAAGAGUCUAUUGUUUUGCCAUGUAUUUUUUAUUUUGAGAUUUUUAUUUUCUUUUCUUAUUAAAGGUCAAAUGAACUAACAGCUCUUUGUGUGGUCGGUGAAUGUUCACACUUUCCAUCCAACUGAUUUUUCUACAAAUUGACUAAAUAAAAUGCAACUAUGUGCACAUUUC